AAAAAUAAAAACACGUGUAGUUGUUUUAUUAAACGUUUUCCACGCGUAUUUCCAAAAAGAUCCUCAGUGAAGCAGCAAGCAGAGAGGUUUCUCUACAGUUUCUUUAAAAAUAAUAACAAAUUCACUUAAUAAAACCUUAAAAACCCAACUAUCAACAUGACCGAAGAAGUUAACUCCAAAGCUUUCCCCUUGGCCGAUGCCCAAUUAACUGCUAAGAUUAUGAAUCUUUUGCAACAGGCCUUGAACUACAGCCAACUGCGUAAGGGUGCCAACGAAGCUACCAAAACCUUGAAUCGUGGUUUGGCUGAUAUCAUUGUCAUGGCUGCCGAUACCGAGCCCAUUGAAAUCCUUUUGCAUUUGCCUUUGUUGUGCGAAGAUAAGAAUGUUCCAUACAUUUUUGUACGUUCAAAGCAGGCUUUGGGUCGUGCCUGUGGUGUUUCUCGCCCCAUCGUGGCCUGUUCGGUCACCACCAAUGAGGGUUCUCAAUUGAAGUCUCAAAUCACUUCUAUUCAGCAAGAAAUUGAAAGACUUUUAGUUUAAGUUAAGUUUUAAAAGGUAUUCCAUGUAAAAUACUACCGCAUUUUGUACAAAUAGUGUUUACAAAAAGUUUUAUGAAAUUUUAAAUAAAGAAAAAUAUGUUUUUU